ACAACACUGUUAUCCUUCCAUCGCACCAGGAACUUCUCCUCCUCUGUAACACUGCAUGAAAAGUGGGAUUUACGUCAACCUACUAACCUGGCUGAGACAGGAGGCCCAGCUGAAGAAGAUGGUCCUGGUUAUUGUGUUUAUCGCCUUGUUCCUGGAUCACAUGCUACUCUCAGUGGUUGUGCCAAUCAUUCCAAGUUACCUGUACAGGAUGGAACAAGCUACCACAACCCCUUCUGUGAACAGCACUGACUCAACAGUCAUUUAUGCUUUAAUCCAGUCAGUCAGUAACCAAACCGAGUUCUUCAAUAAUGCCUCCAUGGCCAACAAAUCGCCUGAUUCAAACUGCUCUGAAGCAGGUGCUCAGCUGGAUGAACUAAACACCAAAGUAGGACUGUUGUUGGCCUCCAAGUCCACCAUACAGCUUAUCUUCAACCCCCUCACUGGAACACUUACUGACAGGAUUGGAUACCACGUCCCAAUGUGUGCUGGUUUCUUCGUUAUCAUCUUGGCAACCAUCUUGUUCGCCUUUUCAUCUAGUUACAUCUUAUUGCUGUUUGCCAGAUCAGUGCAAGGUGUAGGUGGAUCCUUCCUGUCUGUGGCAGGAAUGAGCAUGCUGGCUGAUGUGUACAAAGAUGACAAGGAGAGAGGGCGUGCGAUGGGUAUAUCCUUCACUGGGUUGGCCUUAGGAUUGAUAGCCGGCGCUCCAUUUGGCAGUGUGAUGUAUCAGUAUGCGGGGAAGAUGGCUCCAUUCCUGGUCCUGGCUGUCAUCGCUGUGUUGGGUGGAGGGCUACAUUUCCUCAUCUUUCAACCAUCUAAGGUGCAAACAGUGAUGGAGAAAGGGACGCCACUGCUGACUCUUCUGAAGGAUCCAUACAUUCUCAUUGCUGCUGGAGCCAUAUGUUUUUCAACUCUGAUUAUUGCCACAGUAGAGACAGCCCUUCCUAUCUGGAUGAUGAAGACCAUGUGUGCUAGCGAAUGGCAGCUAGGCGUUGUCUUCCUGCCAGACAGCAUAUCCUACCUCAUUGCAUCUAAUGCCUGUGGUCACCUGAUACAACAAAACAGUGGAAGGUGGCUGGGUGCUUGUAUUGGAAUGACCGUAGCUGGAAUAACCACGAUUUCUUUUGGAUUUUCCAAAACCAUCUAUCAUGUGAUUGUUCUGAAUGCAUUUGUUGGCUUAUCAGUUGGCACAAUUGACUCCUCAUUAAUGCCUCUCAUGGGAUACUUGGUAGACCGGAGAUAUGUGCCAGUAUACGGCACAGUUUUUGCUAUUGCUGAUAUAGCAGUUUGCAUUGGAUUCUGUGUAGGUCCAACUAUUACAGGUCCUAUGGUGGCAUCGGUUGGAUUCCCCUGGCUCAUGGCCAUUAUUGGAACAGUAACUAUCAUUUUCGCUCCACUCUGUAUCUUCCUUUAUGGUCCAACUCGGAAAGAGGAACAUUUGAUGAUAUUAAAAGGAAAUUAGGAAAGCUCUGCUUGAGACCUUAAAAUCACAGUGUAAGUAGACUUCAAUUCAAAUAUUUUUACAUAUUUAUGGUGUUGUGCUCUUAAAGGGAAAAUAAGACAAAAUAUGUGUGAUCUUCUGAUCUGUGAGUUAUUAAUUGAAGAUGUCUGUGUUGGUCCAACUUUUUGGUCCAGAGUGAAUUUCUUGGCAAAUAUCAGAAGGACUGCGAUGAAAUGAAGCCACUGUUGAAGCACAUCAACUCUUUAGGAUACACCACUAUCCUUAACAACAGUAUCUAUCAAUGUGCACUGGGAUAUAUGUAUGUUAACUGUUAUUAGACAAAAAUAGGGGACAAUUUUCUUUUAACUCAAACUGAACUUCAGGAAUGUCUGAAAAUUUAGAGUGAGGAAAUAUAUGGGAAACAUAUCUAGUCUUUGUAAUCAUGGCAAAUCAGCGUGCCAUGAAAAAUAACUUUGUUGUGUGAUGCUGUUGAUGCAAGACAUGAUGCAAAAUGCUACUACCCUUGUUCAUGUUGUAAAUUGUGUUUUGCUUUGAAUGAUAUUGAAUUUCACAAGGGUCAUGUGUUUUUUGUGUGUUUAAUACCAAUCUUUG